CUGUUCCACGCGUGCAGACCCCCCCCUUCCAACCAAGUGGCUCCAUCCGCGGCGCUCCGGGCUCCAUCUGAGUGGGGGUCCCCGCAUUGGAGACAGGAUCCGCGGAAGGCGCCGGGGAAACGCUCGGGAAGGGUGGGGGGCUCAUCAGUCUCGACCACCACCCCCCGUGUCCCCUGGAAUGGUACACUCCGGCCAAACUUCCCCGGGUGCCUUUAAUACGCGCGUUGGGGACCCUCCCAAGAUGCGAGGAGCGGCGGCGCGAGUGGCGGGGAGGUGUUGGGAAAGGGCACCAAGCGGUGAUCGCGGGCAGUGGCGGCGCUGGCUCAGCAUGGAAAGCGAAGAGAGCCGGAGCGUCCAUUCAGACAACGUCUCCGAGGUCCACGAAGUGCCCAUGCGGGUCAUCAUCAGACCCAUCCCGCCGGUCCUGGACGAGGGGAAAGUGGAAAGUCUCGUGAAGACCAUCCAGGAGGAACCUGACCGGGUCCCCCCAAUUGACGUCCUCUGGAUCAAAGGCAGGGAAGGGGGGGAUUACUACUACUCCUUCGGAGGCUGCCACCGUUACGCGGCCUACAAGCGCUUGAACAAGGAGACUAUCCCCGCUAAGAUCAUCCGGUCGAACCUCAGCGACCUACGGACUUACCUGGGCUCUUCUCUCCCCGACUUGCGAUAGGUGGGGGCUUUCUCCUGCCUCCCCAUCCACCCACCCAUCCCCACCCCCAUUUCCAGAACUGUUGUGACCCAGGCCCACGUAGUUGAUAUUAAAUGCAAAACAGUUCCAAAAAACAAACAGAUUUUAUUAAAACAGCUGAGAAUUAACUCAUUUUCAGCGUGUUCUAAAUGAAAUGAAAGCAAAGUCCUCAAAACACCAGUCUUUAGUUUAUCUCUGACCUUGGGAUAAUUAGGCAAACUGCCAAAGGCUUUUCUGGGCAAAAGUUCAGGAACAGAAGACGCUGACAAGAAAGAAAUACAUCCAAACACGAAGCAAAUCUCUCAACGGUUGUUUUCCGGCAAAGAGGCCAAGAGCCAUUGCUGGUCUUUUAAGCCUUAUGGGAGGGGCCAAUCAUCUCUUGGCCUUACUCCUGAGUCGUCCCUUUUGCUUUAGCUGCUCUUGCCUUCUGGAAGCUCUUCUCAUGUGUGUACUAGGAACAGGCUCCUCCUGUUCCUCUGCCUCUCUGCUCUCAGCCUCUGGAGGCUCCAGAGUCCGCACAUCGCUCCCAGAUGGCCCUGGCCCCAUGUCUGCCUCCAACACAGAGCCCUCAUCCGGGCCUUCCCCAGCCUCCAGGACUGGCCCAUCUUCUUCUUCAGCCUCAUCGCUGUCCGACUCCACCGCCAGCUCUGCAGGCUGCUGGCGGACCACAACAAGAACAUCCAUGGACCCUCUGAAUCUUGGAGAUGAUCUGGACACAAGGAUCGGUCUUUGUCUCCCUUUGCCUGACCUUCAAACAAUGAGGACUAGCGGUCUGAUUUUUGUCCGUAAGGAGGCCUAGUCCGUUGUUUCUCAACCACAUGAAGAUGGGUAUGGACUUCAACUCCCAGAAUUCCCCAGCCAGCCAAUGCAGCUUAGUCACUUGAAGGUAUGUGGACUUCAACUCCCAGAAUUCCCCAGCCAGCCAUUGUAAAAAUCCAGAUGCCCUCCAAGAUGGCGGCAGAGCGAUAAGCAUGUUCUGUAUUGCUUUGCUGUAACUCUUUGCCAUGGCUGGCUGAGGAAUUCUGGGAGUUGAAGUUCACAUACCUGGCUAAGGAAUUCUGGGAGUUGAAGUCUACCCAUUUUCAAGUGGGUAACACUGGCCCAGCCUAUAAGAGCCCAGAACGAUGAAUGUCUGGUUAGUGCUUGGUUGUGAACAAUGGGCUAAGCUACGAUUGUGGUAUUGUGUCUCAGAAGUAAAUAGUUUUUAUUUUUU